CGCACGCCGGCCGGUGUUUCAUGCAGAUAAUAUUGAGGACUUUACCAAAAACUUAUAAUUGUGAUUUUGGAUUUUAUCUUCUAAAACUGUGGAUAUAACAUUUGUUCUGUACUCUAGUUUAGGAAACACUCUUUUAAUGGACAGAGAACACCUUAUAUAAUGUAGGGUGCGUUCGAAAAAGCCCCUAACUUCCGCUGAAAGAUGGGUUUAGAAUCAUUAGUCGCCGUACUGGCGACUGCAGCCGUCCUUCAAUCCCUUUCAUUGGCAGUGAUGGCGGGUGGUGGCUGCCCAAAGGGCUACACGAUGCAGAAGGAACACGGACAUGUAAUAUGUACCGAGACAUUGAAUUGUCCUACUGGAUACGAAAAGGGAGAAGAAAAUGGUGUACAAAUCUGCACUCAAACAACAACGACGGGGGCCAAAGGCGUCGCGAAAUGUCCAGCCGGGUACACGAGGACAGUGAUGAAUGGGGAAGUGGUUUGUGAGAGUACGGAAAUCCAAAAGUGCCCUCCUGGGUACACGAAGACCACCCAAAACGGGAAACAGGUCUGCACAUCAGAUGUUACCGAGACAACUACCACGACCACGGAAACGGUGGAACCACAUGAGAAAGCAACUACAGUCCAGGUACGAAAUGUCGAACAUGCGGUGAAAACAUCUAAGUGGAAGCAUGCUCCGACCCUUAUCAAGUAUGCUGGCGUCAAGGAGACCGUGGUCGAGAUAGCACAUGACGUGGUGUUUCUUCUCGAUUCUUCGGCCCAGACAGGAAAAUCCAACUUCUACUUCUUCAAGAAACUCAUCCUCGAGUUGACACAUCAAUUUGGCAACUUUGGAGGAAGCCACACCCACGUUGCCGUAAUCCUUGUAUCAGAUAAAGCAAAGACGAAAGAAGUCAUUCACUUGGACACCUAUAACAAAUUCAGCGAUUUUAAACGUGCUGUGAUGCGAUUACCUUUCAUUGGCGGAAGCGCCGACCUCGCGAACGCCAUAAACUUAAUGGGAAAGUCCUCAUUUUCCAAGAAGUACCACGCAAGAGCGGAAGCCAUUCGAACAGCCAUUAUUCUUGCCGGAAGCAAGAUCAGUCGACGUGAUUUGCCACGGUUGGAGCAGGCUGUGGACUCGGCCAAAGGUGCCGAAAUAGAUGCCUACACAAUCGGGGCAGCGGCAAGAAACAAGUACUAUUCGACUUUACUUGGACCAGGAAACGUGUUCAAGAUCAAGACACCUCACAUUGCGAUGACCUUGGUCCCUAGGUUGCACUUCGCAAAAGAGUUUGAGGUGAGCUUCUCCGGCAUGAUUGACAUGGUGUUUGUGGUCGAUGCUGACUCCAAAGUCAGCCAGGGCCAUCUCCUCAUGCUGAUGGUGUUUAUCGAAGACAUAAUCUCCGGCCUUGGAGAUGUGAACCCUGAUCAUAUCAGAGUCGCACUGGCCUUCUACGGCGCCAAAGGCAAUGCCAAAAUAGACUUCGGGUUCAAUAAGUACAGGAGCAACAACGCAUUAUCCAAGGCGUUGCACAGGGUUCAGAAGCUUGAAGGAAAAGGAGAAUACCUUGGCGAGGCCCUUGCACUUGUCAGGAAGAAGGUUUGGCCCUACGCCCGUAAGAGUGCCAAGAAGAUGCUUUUCGUGCUAACUGCAGAAAAGUCCAGUGAUUACAAGGCGAUCGUGAAGGAGCGGCACUGGCUGAUGAAGCACCAUGUCUUCAUCGUUGCCGUUGGAGUUGGCGCCUACGCCUCAACAGAUGAGAUUAGGAUGCUCGCUGGGCACACGGGUAUCUUCUACAAACUGGCUGACUGGGAACGGCUGUACAUUGAUGCCUUUAAUCUUGUUGCUAAGAUCAUGGGCUGCCCUGUUGGCUUUCGAAGACAUGGGACACAUUGCAGAUUUGCUUAUUGUCCGUACGGAUUUAAGAAGAAGAAAAUAGGCAAUGCUUUGGCGCAGUGCCGGCAAAUUGCUGUUUGUCCUCCCGGUUACAAGAAUAUCAAGAAACUGUGUGUUUUCUCUAAAUGUCCCCGCGGAUACCACGUGAAACACCUCGACUCCUUAAUCCCCGUUUGCUACACAAAUCCUUGUCCGAUCGGGUACAGGAACUUCGCUGGAAAGUGUGUAUUUCAGCUUUGCCCAGUCGGAUACAAAUUGUCACUGUAUGGUGGUUUCAAGAGGUGUGUCUUCAGUUUCUGCCCAUCUGGUUACAAUAAGGUUGGAUUCACUUGUGUCUAUUCCAAGUGUCCAGUUGGAUACAAGUCACACCUACAAGAUGGCCGAAGGGUUUGUCUAUUUUAUAAAUGUCCACAAGAUUACAUCCAAAGAGGACCAGUUUGUCUGGUGAAAUGUGCACCUGGAUUCAAGAAAGUGUUGUCGGGGCAUCUCGCCUACUGCACAAGUCGUUGCCUCCCAGGAUUCAACUGGCGCAAAGGAAAAUGUAAAUUCGGGACAUGUCCGAAAGGCUACACCAGGAAGCGAACAGGAAAGAAGAAGGCCAUUAUCUGCCUCUUUAAAUUCUGUCCCAAAGGAUAUCAAUUAGUUUUGAUGCAUGGUGUAAAACGAUGUAUCAAGCCGAAAUGCCCUUAUGGAUAUGAGAUGGUCAGAGUCCCAAGUGAGAACACAGUCAGGUGCAGAAAGAGGAUUUCUGUGAGUAAAUGCGCAAAAGGAUUCCAAUUACGGCAAAGAAAAGGAAAAGCUCCUGACUGUGUCAAGACAACCCUGAGGUGUCCGAUGGGAUUCGUAUUGUACAAACAAGGAAACAAUACUAUCUGUAAGGAAGAAGUUACAACCCGAGAGACUGAACUUGAAGCAGAGAAGCAGUUAAGGAGGAAAAUCUACAAACCUGCAAAACUUCACAGACAUAGAUUUGUGUUGAGGCAUAAGAAGUAUGAAAAUAUUAGACCAGUGAAAAGGAAGAAAUCACCAGAAGAGGUAAAGCCUAUUGUUAGAAAAAUCGAGAAACGAAGAAGAAUAUUUUUAAAGAAGGUGAAGGAAAAUAAGAGGAUUAUACGAUUGAUGAGGAAAAUCAAACACACCAGAAAACACUCAGUUCGUCGGCUCAGACUUUUACGAAAAAUCAAGCACGUGAGGAAGAAAAUCUAUGCGAGAAUAAAGUAUAGGAGAUUGAAACAUGGGAUAAUCAGGCAAUACAGAAAAAGAAGACACAGCUUUAUAUUGAGGAGAAGAAAACAAUUGAGAUCGAGAUUACAGACCUGGCUUAAAUGGUACCAGAAGCACACAAGGGAACUGAUGAAACAAUUAGCAAUUUACAGAAAGGCCUACAACCGAUUGUGGCGCAGGAAAACGAGGAUUAAGUAUGUAAAAAUUGCAGUACCUGAGAAAACUACAGUUAAAACUAUUACGAAAAAACUUAAUCUGAUGAUGAAGAAAAACAGCCAUUUAAGACAGAAGCUUGAGAAGAAAAAAAGACAACUUCAAAAAACAAAGACGAAGGUAGUAACAAGGGUGAAAUACAUCUAUAAAACACAGAAGUUGACUAAAAGGAUUAGGAUACUGAUGAAAAAAAUGAAACGUAUGAAGCAGCAAGAAAAAACGAUGGCGAAAAGAAGGAGACUUCGAAUUGCAAGAAUGAAAGCAAAACUGGUGGCAAUGAUAAAACGCAUGAUCAAGAAAAAGGUAAAAAAACAACUCGAUUUGCAGAAAUUGAAAACACAAAGGAUAUUAGCAAAGAGGAAAAAACUUUUGAUGAAGACCAAACAAGACAUGGUCAGUAUAAUGAAGCAAUUGACACUGAUGUGGAAGGAAAAUAAACGAUUAAAGGUGACAAUUGUUACAAAUAAGCAACAACAACAAAGUGUUAGGCACCAGCAGCUUGCCCGACUGAAGCGGAAAUUAACUACCAAGUUACAGAAAGAAAUGUAUCAAAAACAUAAUAUGCAUAUGAUGAUACUCAAGCAAACACAAGAAAUUCAAAAUAUUGAGAAACUACUGCAGCAACAAGAAAAGGAAUGUAAACAACUCAGGAUGCAACUGACUCAGGAACACAAUAAACAGCUGAAGGCAAUUCAAAGGAUGCAAAAGCUCAAGAUUAUCAAAAUGAAAAAAGAGCUCACCACUAGACUGAAAAGGGAAUUUCAGCUUUUGGCAAAGAAGAAGUAUCAGAGGAAACUGAUUUUGAGAAGGAAGAAACACCAUCAUGCCUUAAUGAGAAAGAAUAAAGAAAUAGCGUAUGUUUUACAGAAGUUAACGACACUGCAUAAUAAAUUGAUAAAAAAGAUUGUUGGGCUCCAGAUCAAACGUCAUAAGGAAAUUACUACAAUAUCAAGGAGAUUACAAGUAUUGUUGAAAGAAAAUAAACGAAUCAGGGCUAAGUUGGUAUCACAGAGAAAGACACAGAAUAAAAUUCAGAAACAACGUCUUGCAGCAAUGCGUAAAAAGAUAACAGCUCAUCUUAGGAAACAAAUGAAGAAAUUGGCUGAGAAGAAAACAAAGAAGACGACACAGGUGAAAAGAGUAGUGAAAAAUCAUGUCAGUUCAAUAAAAACAAUGCAUGUUAAUGUCAAUGUAUUAAAGAAAUUGAGGAAAGAAAACAGGCUCCUUAAGCAUAAGUUACAGAAAGAUGCACAAGAAAGGGUGAAGCUGUUGAAAGAUUUGAAAUUCGCUAUUUUGAAGAAGAAACCAACAAAGCAAAUAAUUCGGAAGUUGCAGAAAAUAACUAAGACAGUGAGGAAAAAGACAAGACUGUUGAAGGAAGGAAAACAUGAAAGUAAAUAUCUUCAACCAAAGAAGAUUAGAAUGAUGAAAAAAGAAAUAAAAAGGCUAAAAAGGAAAUUGAUGAAAGCCGAGAAGAAUAAAAAUUGUAGACCAAGUCUGAAGACAAAAAGGAUCCUGCAAAUAAGAAAGGACUUGAUAGCUAGAUUAAGGAAGGAAAUCAAAUAUCUGGUUAAAGCUAAAGUUCAAAAAAAGCUCAUAGUAAAAGGAAGAAAGCAGCACAAUGUCAAGAUAGUGAAGAAGGUCAAACAGCUAAGGAAGAAACACAAGGAAAUAGCAAGAAUACUGAAGAAAUUGAGGAUACUGACAAAAAAGAACAAAAGACUAAGAGAAAAACUUGCAACUAAGAAACCAAAAAGUAUUAGUAAAAAGCUGGUUUUGAAAUCGAAGAAGAAGUUAGAGGCCAAGAUAAGUAGGGCAAGGAAGAAGUUAGCAAGGAAGACUGUUCACCAAAAGAAAAUUCAGAAGAAAAUGAAACAUCACAACAUAAUGGCAAUUGUGAAAACCAGGCAACUUGAAAAGAACAAGAGGAACAUUGCAAGAGUAUCAAAGCAUUUGAAUUUGCUGCUGAAAGAAAAUAAGAGGCUUACAAUUAAAAUGCAGAACAUCAGAAAAACAAACCUUAAGAGGAAACAUCUGCGGCAGCUAAGGAUAGCAAAAAUGAUUAGAAAAAUAAAAAUACAGAUGCACAAACAAAUGAAGAAAGCAAUCAAGAAUAUAUUAGUGCACAAGCUGAAGAAAUGGAAGAGAAAUGUUUUAAGAAAGCAAAAGCAAAAGCACCCAGCACAAUGUAAAGUAUCAAAGAAGCUCAAGAUGAUGCAGGUGGAGAUGAAACGAUUAAAAAAGAAGCUUGUCCUUGAGAGGAAGAAGGUACAUGAGAUACAAAGAGUUCAUAAGCAAAAACAUAAGAAAAAACUUCAACUAGCCACCAAGAAAAAAUUGCCAGCCACAAAGAUUAUUAAGCAAUUGAAACAUCUCAAAAAGAAAGGGAUUAAAAGACAAUUGAUAGUAAAGGAAAAGAAACCACAUACCUUCACAAACCUGAUAAAGGAAAACCAACUACUGAAAUAUCUAAUAAAGAAACAAAAGCAAGAAUGUACAAGAAAAACGGAGAAAACCAUAAAACAAAAGAAAAUAACGAAAGUCAAGAGGCACAAGAUGCAGGUAAAACAAAUCAAGAACAUGCGUAAAAGAAUUAUUGCCAAGAUUAAAAAGUCACUAAAGGCAAAACUGCAGAAACAGAUUAAACAUGUCCUCUUGAAGAAGAUUCAUAUGAAAAUGACAAGGCAAAGAAUGAAGAGACAAAAGAUGAAACUGCUGAAGAAACUAAAAAUAGCCAGAAAGCAAAAGAAACCUGUCAUCAAAAUAAUAAAGAAAUUAAAACAACUUAAGAUUAAGAGGAUAAUGCCAAUGAUUAAGAAGAAAAAGAUAAAGCUCCUGAAGCAACUCCGCCUUGCAAAGAAAAUGAAAAUACCAACUAUAAAAAUCAUAAAGAAACUCAGAAAAAUAAAACAAAUUCAAAAGAAAUUAAGACUUAAGAAACAAGUAUAUGUUAAGACAAGACGGCCAAACGAACUUCGAAGGAAGAUCAAGAGACUUCAACAUAAGUUGCAGAAGGAGAGACGUCUGAGAAAAACAAGAACACUGCAGAUAAAGAAGUUGAAAAGGAAAUGGAUUGCCAAAUCCAAAAAGACAGAAAAGUGUUUGAAGACAAGAAAAGUUCCAAAGAACAUACAGAACGAGAAGGAGAACAAAACAAAGAAGUUGAAAAGGAAAAUGAAAAUGAUGAUGAGAAAAAUUAAGCAGCUUAGUAUUAGACUAAGCAAGAGAGACAGAAUUAUCAAGAAACUGAAAUUUGUAAGGAAGGAAUACAAACCAAACGCUAAACCAGUGAAGAAGAAGAAAGCAUUUCACAAUGUAAAGAAGACACAGGAAAGGGGAGUACAUAAGGUACCACAACGAGAACUGAAAUUACUCAGAAAGAUUGAGCUGCUUGAAAUAAAGCUUAGGCAACAGAAAUCACAGAAGAAAACAAGGAGGAUAAAGGAAGCACAGAGGGUACAGAAAGUGGAAAAGAAACCAGUUACAAGAGACAUGAAACUGAUUCUCAGAAAACUGAAGCAGAUGAUAGAUGAAAACAAACGAUUGAGAAUAAAGUUGAAAGAACGAAGGACACCUGUCAUUAGGCACAAAGAGAGGACGACAACAAGAAUAAAGAAGUGGCCUGAGAAAAUCAAGCUCCAAAAGGUUCCUGCAAAAUGUACUAAAUUGUUGGAAAAAUUUAAGACAUUACGACAAAAGUUUAAACAAAUGAAGGUGAAAGAACAGAAACAAAGGAAAUUACGAAAGCUGAAACUUGCCAAACUUACCAGAAAGUUAACCAUGAAAUUGAGACAAAAAUUAAAGCACGUUGUCAUAAAGAAGAUCCAAAAAAAACUGUUAUUAAAGGAAAAGAAGCGACGAAUAAUCAGGCUAAAUAAACUGAACAAAUUGGUAAAGGAAAUAAAACAACUAAAACUAAGACUAAACAAACAAAAUAUGACUAUCCACAGGAAACAAAAACAGCAAGUGGUGACUAGGAGAGUAAAAGUCACUAAACCGAAGGCAAAUGUGGCUUGGAGGUUGAACAUGUUGCAAAGGGAAAAUAACCUAUUGAAACUAAAGCUAAUGAAUAGGCAGAAGCUUAUAAAAUCACUGAUUGUUGCCAGAAACAAAAACAACAAAAACAUAAUCAAUCAACUAAAACACUUGAAAAUACAGCCAGUUGCUCACAAAAUCAAGACGAUCAAACGUCUCAUGAGGACGACUGUCCAGAGAAAACUGAAAUUAAAACGCAAACUGGUCCACCAUAUUUCAAAGAAGGUUUCUCAUUUGAAGACAGUUGUCAGGCACCUUAUAACGAAACAAAAGAAAGGAAAGCCAGUUACUCACCAAAUCGAGGCGAUCAAACGACUCAUAAGGAAGACUGUCCAGAGAAAGCUGAAGUUAAAACGCAAGAUAAUCCACAAAAUCUCACAUCGGGUACAUUUGAUGAAGGUCAACGAAAAGCUGAGGGAGAAACUUCAAAAGAAAACAAAGCAAAUCAAGAAACUUAGGUUAGUCCUAAUGACAAAGAAAAGAACACACAGAAUCACUAGGGUUCAACAAAAGAAAAGAAUGCAACCAAUCUUGAAACAGGUGAACAAAUGUAAGGCAGAACUGAGAAGGAAUGUGGGGUUGAUAAAGACAAUGAAAACAAAGAAAGUCCUUAAAGUUUCACAUCAGAGACAUUUGAUGAAAGUUAUCAAGCACCUGAAGAGGAAACUACAGAAACACACACUGGUCCACCAUAUUUCAAAGAAGGUUUCUCAUUUGAAGGCAGUUGUCAGGCAUCUUAUAACGAAACAAAAGAAGGGAGAGCCAGUUACUCACAAAAUCAAGACUAUCAAACGUCUCAUCAGGAAGACUGUCCAAAGAAAGCUGAAGUUAAAACGCAAGAUAAUCCACAAAAUCUCACAUCGGGUACAUUUGAUGAAGGUCAUUGAACAGCAGAGGAAGAAACUACAAAAGAAAACAAAGCAAAUCAAGAAACUAAGGUUAGUCCUAAAGACAAAGAAAAUAACACACAGAGUCACGAAGGUUCACCAGAAGAAAAGAAUACAACCAAUCUUGAAACAGGUGAACAAAUGUAAGGCAGAACUGAGAAGGAAAGUGGGGUUGAUAAAGACAGCAGUUGUCAGGCAUCUUAUAACGAAACAAAAGAAGGGAGAGCCAGUGACUCACAAAAUCAAGACUAUCAAACGUCUCAUCAGGAAGACUGUCCGAAGAAAGCUGAAGUUAAAACGCAAGAUAAUCCACAAAAUCUCACAUCCGAUACACUUGAUUGAAGUUAUCAAGCACCUGAAGAGGAAACUACAGAAACACACACUGGUCCACCAUAUUUCAAAGAAGGUUUCUCAUUUGAAGGCAAUUGUCAGGCAUCUUAUAACGAAACAAAAGAAGGGAAAGCCAGUUACUCACAAACUCAAGAUGAUCAAACGUCUCAUCAGGAAGACUGUCCAGAGAAAGCUGAAGUUAAAACGCAAGAUAAUCCACAAAAUCUCACAUCGGGUACAUUUGAUGAAGGUCAUCGAACAGCUGAGGAAAAAACUGCACAAGAAAACGAAGCAAAUUAAGAAACUUAGAUUUGUCAAAAAGACAAAGAAAAUAACACACAGAAUUACAAAGGUUCACAAGAAGAAAAGAAUACAACCAGUCUUGGAACAGGCAGUUGUCAGGCAUCUUAUAACGAAACAAAAGAAAGGGAAGCCAGUUACUCACAAAAUCAAGACGAUCAAACGUCUCAUAAGGAAGAAUGUCCAGAGAAAACUGAAGUUAAAACGCAAGAUAAUCCACAAAAUCUCACAGCGCGUACAAUUGAUGAAGGUCAACGAACAGCUGAGGAAGAAACUGCACAAGAAAACGAAGCAAAUCAAGAAACUUAGAUUAGUCAGAAAGACAAAGAAAAUAACACACGGAAUCACAAAGGUUCACAACAAGAAAAGAAUGCAACCAAUCUUGAAACAGGUGAACAAAUGUAAGGCAGAACUAAGAAGGAAGGCAGUUGUUAGGCAUCUUAUAACGAAACAAAAGAAAGGGAAGCCAGUUACUCACAAAAUCAAGACGAUCAAACGUCUCAUAAGGAAGACUGUCCAGAGAAAGCUGAAGUUAAAACGCAAGAUAAUCCACAAAAUCUCACAUCCGAUACACUUGAUUGAAGUUAUCAAGCACCUGAAGAGGAAACUACAGAAACACACACUGGUCCACCAUAUUUCAAAGAAGGUUUCUCAUUUGAAGGCAAUUGUCAGGCAUCUUAUAACGAAACAAAAGAAGGGAAAGCCAGUUACUCACAAACUCAAGAUGAUCAAACGUCUCAUCAGGAGGACUGUCCAGAGAAAGCUGAAGUUAAAACGCAAGAUAAUCCACAAAAUCUCACAUCGGGUACAUUUGAUGAAGGUCAUCGAACAGCUGAGGAAAAAACUGCACAAGAAAACGAAGCAAAUUAAGAAACUUAGAUUUGUCAAAAAGACAAAGAAAAUAACACACAGAAUUACAAAGGUUCACAAGAAGAAAAGAAUACAACCAGUCUUGGAACAGGCAGUUGUCAGGCAUCUUAUAACGAAACAAAAGAAAGGGAAGCCAGUUACUCACAAAAUCAAGACGAUCAAACGUCUCAUAAGGAAGAAUGUCCAGAGAAAACUGAAGUUAAAACGAAAGAUAAUCCACAAAAUCUCACAGCGCGUACAAUUGAUGAAGGUCAACGAACAGCUGAGGAAGAAACUGCACAAGAAAACGAAGCAAAUCAAGAAACUUAGAUUAGUCAGAAAGACAAAGAAAAUAACACACGGAAUCACAAAGGUUCACAACAAGAAAAGAAUGCAACCAAUCUUGAAACAGGUGAACAAAUGUAAGGGAGAACUAAGAAGGAAGGCAGUUGUUAGGCAUCUUAUAACGAAACAAAAGAAAGGGAAGCCAGUUACUCACAAAAUCAAGACGAUCAAACGUCUCAUAAGGAAGACUGUCCAGAGAAAGCUGAAGUUAAAACGCAAGAUAAUCCACAAAAUUUCACAUCGGGUACAUUUGAUGAAGGUCAUCGAACAGCAAAGGAAGAAACUGCACAAGAAAACGAAGCAAAUCAAGAAACUUAGUUGUCAGGCAUCUUAUAACGAAACAAAAGAAAGGGAAGCCAGUUACUCACCAAAUCAAGAUGAUCAAACGCCUCAUAAGGAAGACUGUCCAGAGAAAGCUGAAGUUAAAACGAAAGAUAAUCCACAAAAUUUCACAUCGGGUAAAUUUGAUGAAGGUUAUCAAACAGCUGAGAAAGACACUGCACAGGAAAACGAAGCAAAUCAAGAAAUUAAGAUUAGUCAGAAAGACAAAGAAAAUAACACACGGAAUUACAAAGGUUCACAACAAGAAAAGAAUGCGACCAAUCUUGAAACAGGUGAACAAAUGUAA